GGGCAGCUGGGAAAUUGACAAUAUGCCUAGCCCCAUGUCAGAUUUCAAAGUUAUAACUAAAUGCAAUUGUCACUGAAAGCAGCUUAUAUUGGCUACAUUGCUUGUUCUGAGUGUAAGUAGCACAAUAGCAGCUGAUGAACAAACGUGGAGGAAACUGAUGUUGUGCUACAUUGUUUCACGAGUCACAACCAGGGAAAAGAAAUAAUAACUCAUUCUGCUUUCCAGUGCAAAUACAGUUACAAAUGUAUAAAUGCUGCUUCCAUUGCGCAAUAAAAAUGUUUUGGGGUAAGAUUCCCUUUAAGCAGCUAAACUGGAGCAGAAUAAGCAGCACAAAGUAGUCCCUUAUCAACGAACCGCUAUGGUAACAUGGCACAAUGGCAAAGCUACUUGUACCCUCAGAGCGAGUGUUCAGGCAGCUGAGCUAAUUUCCCAGUCCCUUCUAUCUUCUAUCUACACACAGACACACGUGACGUUUCCUGCAUGCCUUCUGCUUCACUUCCGCCAGGUUCUUGCAGGCAAUCCCGUACUUCUGCUCGCUGUGUAAUGUCCUGGUUCUUAACACCGGAUCUUUUUUCUCGGCGGAGGCAGUUUCUAGCAAAAACACAGACAAAAAGUCUCCAAAGAAGUUGGAAAAAUGAUGAAAAGGGUCUGAUGGAAUCUGAUGAACAGGAACUCAUAAACAAAACCGACAACACAGCGUCUAAUGAAAGCAAUGCUGGAAACGUUAAUACAUGUCCUUCUGCAUCCCCCUUUUCUGAUUUGAAUGAGGUUUCACGUAAUGGCUUAACAGAUGACAGUGAGGAUGGAGUAGGGUUUAGUCACAAAACGUCCCCUGAGCCCUCUAAAGUAAGAGAGGUUUAUCUGAAUGGCAGUCCAUUUGUAGAUGAAGACAGCAAUCAACUGAUGCCUCUGGGGCUCUUUUUUGAAAAUGCAGAUCUAAUGCAGGACCUGCCACCUGCUGUGCCUUGUUGUGCUUCGAUGAGCAGAAGAGAGUUCAGAAACCUGCAUUUUAGAGCAAAGGAAGAGGAGGAAGAUGAUGAUGACUAUGCUGACGGCUUGGUUAAUGAAGGAAAUAUUUAAAUAAGGAUUCUGCAGAGCCAAGCUUGAAUGUGUGUGUCCGGGGGAAACCAGAAGUAUAAAUAUUAUACUAUAAUAAUAUUAUAGUACAUUUCAUUUCUUGUAGAGGCCCAAAGGGCACAUGUAAUUUAUGUUGACAACACGCUUUGUGACCAAAAUAAAUAUUGAUUGUUCUGUA